AUGGUAAGCAAGCUGACAGUCUCAUUGCUAGAUCAUGAGGUGAGAGUUUUUGGCAAGGGAAGUUGUCCAAAUGAAUUAGAGGGAACUGGGAAAAAAAAUGCAGAAAAAUGUGGUGGAGUACCACUUGUAGUAGUGGUAAUUGCAGGAGCAUUAAGAGGUCGUUUGGACAAAAAAUAUUGCGAAAGAGUUGACAGAAAUGUGGUGCAACAUUUUGGUGAUCAUACCCAAGAUAGCUGCCUGAAAUUUGUGAAGAUGAGUUAUGAUCAUUUGCCCCAAGAAGUGCAGAUGUGCUUCCUGUAUUGUGGUGUCUUUCCUCGAGGCUUUGAUAUCCCUUGUUGGAAAAUGAUUCGUUUGUGGAUAGCAGAGGGGUUGAUAAAGCCGCAGCCUAAGUUCACUCUAGAGGAGAGAGCAGAGUUUUGUUUGACAGAUCUUGUCAACAGAAAUUCAGUAAUAAUAAUGCAAAAGAUGUCUGAUGGUCAAAUAAAAACUUGUCGUCUUCACGACAUGUUGUAUCAGUUCUGCAAAAAGGAGGCUAGUAACAGAUGGCUUUUUCAAGAACCUGAUCAAUCUACCCUGGACCCAGAUACUUGCCAUCGAUUGAGUAUUCAACCAUCUAAUCUGUCUGACUUUCUCUCCACAGCACCUGUUGCAGAACAUGUCAGAUCUUUCUAUUGUUUUUCCUCAAAACAAAAACCAAUUGACUUGUCUCCUAAUGAAAUCAAACUCAUUCACAAAGCCUUUCCACUUAUGAGAGUCUUGGAUGUUGAAUCUCUCAAGUUUAUUUUCACCAAAGACUUCAACCAAUUAUUUCAUUUGAGGUAUAUUGCUAUCUCAGGUGACUUUAAGGCCCUCCCUCCUACCUUUGGUAAAUUCUGGAAUUUACAAACUCUAAUACUUAAUACAAGUACCUUAGAGUCCACUCUUGAAGUAAAACCAGAAAUAUGGAACUUGUUACAGUUGAGGCAUCUCCACACCAACAUACCUGCAAAAUUGCCAUCCCCAACUACCACCACAGGUAAACCUUCUUGUCUACAGACUCUUUCUAUGGUUGCACCAGAAAGUUGUGAGAAAGAUGUGCUAGCAAAGGCGUGUAAUGUAAGAAAAUUGAGCAUUCGAGGGCAAAUGGCAGCAUUUCUUGGUGCUUACAAGGGUGGUAUCAACAAUCUUGAAGAGCUACAGUGUCUGGAACAUUUAAAAUUGUUGAAUGAUGUUCUUUUCAUAAAUAAAACACUUCACCUUCCACCAGCAUUCUCCAAUCUGGUAAGUAUGGUGAAGAAGUUAACUCUGACAAACACAAGGUUUGCUUGGAGUGAGGCGGAUAAAUUGGGGACGUUGGAAUCUCUUGAGGUCCUAAAGUUUAAAGAAAAUGCAUUCACGGGUCAUCUCUGGAAGCCAAAGAGUGGAUUUAGCGCACUCCAAGUCUUGUGGAUUGAAAGGUCAGAAUUAGAAUCUUGGGAGGCUUCGGUUAUUAAAUUCCCCAUGCUUAGGCAACUUGUUCUUAUCUCUUGUGAUGAUCUCGAUUCUGUGCCACUUGAGCUGGCUGAUAUACCUAGCCUUCAAGAGAUGAGGCUUGAGAACACAAGCAAAGCAGUAAAAUCCGCAAAAAGUGUUCAGGAUAGCAAGACAUCUAAAAGCAUGAAACUCAAGCUAAGCAUAUUCCCUCCUGAAAAUGAAUCCAAGGUUGCACAGUGAUAUAAAAGGAGAGAACUUGGACAUUGAGCUUGCUGGAAGCCAGGGGUCAUCAGACAAAUAGCUAACUGGAGUAUUGUCAUUUUGAAAUAAGGCUAGGUCUGCUGCAUUUCGAGUUCCCCUUUAAGUGGAUUUUUUUUUUUUUUUUCGGUUGUGAAACUGUUUGCAUCUUUCC